CAGGCGGCCAAAGCAGCUGCGACAAUCAACCAGUUCGUGAACAAAACAACGCGAGGCAAGAUCCCAACUGUGGUGACAGAGAGCGACGUGGCCAGGACACUGAUGACGCUGGUCAACACCGUCUACUUCAAAGGUUUCUGGUUGAAUCAAUUCAACCUAACCCAAACAACCAAGCAGAAGUUCUUCACCACCCCGAGACAACACAGCCUUGUUGACAUGAUGACCCAACUUCGAAAAUUCAGAUUUGGAGUCUCGAGUGAGCUGGGAGCGACGGUGUUAGAGAUGCCGUACAAGGGGAAGGCGGCGUCCAUGUUGGUGUUGCUGCCUGACAACACCCCCGGCGGCGCCCCCGGCAACUCCGCCACGCCCCUGGACGCCAUGUUGCGGCGCCUCUCCCACGACACCCUCCGCCACGCCCUCGCCAACCUGAAAGAGGAGAAAGUAGAUCUUCACUUCCCAAGGUUCAAACUGGAGCAGACAAUCACUGAGGAACUUAAGGCGGCCCUAGAAGCUCUGGGGAUCGAAGACCUGUUCUCGAGCCGCAGUGAUCUCACCAACUAUGUCCGGGGCACCAGCCUGAGUGUGAACACCGUCAUCCACAAGGCCGUGGUGGAGGUGAACGAGGAAGGCUCCGAGGCUGCUGCUUUCACACUCAUCGUCUUCAGAAGGGUCCGUGGACCCAAAGUGUUCAGAUGUGACCGCCCCUUCGUCUUCUUCAUCAAGGACAACCACACUAACACCAUCCUCUUCAUGGGUGUCUACAGGAAGCCCUUAUCUUGA